ACUCUAUGCAAUUAAAGAAUAGUUUGGAAACUAAGUUGAUCAGUAAUCUGUUUACUGCUGGACAAAUUAACGGCACUACUGGUUACGAAGAGGCCGCUGCCCAAGGAUUAAUAGCCAGAAUUAACGCUCAUCAAAAACUCAAAAAUUUACCACCUUUGAUUUUGA